AUGGAUGAGAAACGAAAAGGAUCUGAUGAGCUUGAUUUGGAUUUGUGCUUAAAAACUCCAACUCAAGAUGAACCAAUUAAUAAGAUUCCAACCCUGAAAGAAGCAAUGAAUAAUGAACUCAAAUAUGGUCAAGUAGACCCAAAUGUGGAUUUGAAGAAGCUAAAAAGGAUAAUGUCAAAUAGGCUGUCAGCACAAAGAUCCAGGAUCAAAAAGAUUGAAUACACAGCCGAAUUGGAAAAGAAAGUCAAAGAUCUACAGGACACCAUAGCUUGGGCGGGAUCAGAAAUAGAAAAUAUGAAAGACAAUAAAAAGAAAUUGCUGAUGGAGAAUGAUAUGUUGCAAGCACAAUUGGAUAGCGUCACUGCCAAAUCUAAUUUACACACUGUACAAACUGAAGAGUUGAAACUUGAAUUGAAGAGGCUUAAGGAACUUGCAAAGGCUCGGGAGAUUGAGAGACAAAGUUUCAACUUUUAUGAGUCAGAAUCAACUGCAGAAAUAGACAUUGACCAGUAUCUCAAUUUUGAUGCCAUGGACUUUUAUCCACCCAUGAAUGAUGACAUGUGA